UCCCCCCCCCCAGGCACUUAACGUGCGCUACAGACGCCGCGAACUAAUCAGGAGACGAUGCGCCGCAGCCUCGCGUGCGUGCGCGCGGGCGUCUCUUUAAACUCGCGGACGCGGGCCGGGCCCCGUCGUCCAACACGCACCGGUCGUCGUCAUGCCCCCGCAGGAAAGGAACCAGCAGCAGGAGCAGCAGCAGCCGCCGCCGACGCACGGCAAACCCUUCAAGCAGAGAAAAAGCUUCGCCACCAGGAAGCGAGAGGUGGCGGGCAUCCGCUCCAAAUUCCCCAACAAGAUCCCGGUGAUCAUCGAACGCUACGAGCGGGAAAAGUUUCUCCCUCCUUUGGACAAAACAAAGUUUCUUGUUCCGCAUGAGCUCACCAUGAACCAGUUUGUCACCAUUAUCAGGAACCGCAUGGCGCUGUUGCCCUCGCAGGCCUUCUACCUGCUGGUGAACAACAGCGGGUUGGCCAGCAUGACUCUGAGCAUGGCUCAGGUCUACGGGGACCACCAGGAUGACGACGGCUUCCUCUACAUGACCUACGCCUCCCAGGAGAUGUUUGGACAACUUUAGCGCAGGUGCGCCCAAACCAUGCCCCUGCCCCUUUUUUGCCUACUUGUGUGUGAAUGCAAAUCAUUUUGUGUGUUUUAAUAAAUAAAUCUUGUGUACAUGUCAGCGCAUUGACAAGAA